ACAGACAAUCGGAAGUUGUCACCAUCAGAGCCACGUGGUCCGCUCGAGUUUACAGUCAGUUCUAGCGAGCACAUUCAUAUUUAUUUGUUUAUUUAUUUUUAUUUUUAGCUUAUUAUUGUUUUAUUUUAGAUUUGUCAUGCAGCUUUGUGGAGUUUGUAGCGAACAGGUGCCAAAAUACAGAUGUCCUGCGUGCAGAAUAAGAUAUUGUUCAGUGAGUUUCUUUAAGAGACACAAAGAUGAUGAUUCAUGUCACCCAGUCAAAGAAACAGCAGCACCUGUCAGCACCCCAACACCUCGGUCAACUGAUAAUGGGAUUUUCAAUACAAUCUCAAACGUUUGGGAACAGAUGUGCAGUUUCACAGUUUCUCAUGUGAACUCCGGUGAGUCCGAGGCGCUGAAGGCUCUGCUGUGGAAUCCACACCUCCGACAGGAAAUGAUGUCAGUGGACUCGGCUGAAGAUAAAGCCAAAGCCGUGAAGAAUGCCAUGCAGGAGCCACUGUUUGUGGAGUUCACUGAUCAGUGCUUAAAAAUGAUUGAACCAGCACAAAUGGAAGAAGAGGAUGAUGAGGAUGAUGAUAAUGAAUAAGCUUAUUGUCACAUAUGGACCGAUUCUUAAUGAACACGGACUAAACUACUGAACAUGCAUCAAGUCCAGUACUCUCAGUCGGGUGCUGUUUUUUGUUUGAUGUUGGACUUCUUGUUUGUCUUACAAAUAGUGUAAGAUGUCUAUGUUUUAUUAAAUGUCUUUUCAAUGCAAAGUUGUAGUGACAGCAUUUACCUAGCUUUAGCAUGUUUAAAUAUGAUGAAACAUUUCAGUAAUGGAUGUAGCUGAACAUUUAGGUUUAAAAUUGCUCUUGUAGAGCUUUUCUUAAAAAUGUUUUGUAGAGUUUGAGCUCAAAUGUUCUGGACACAUUACUCAGAUUUGACAUUGUCCCAGUACAGCAGUCGGUCUUUGCAAGCUAUCAUGCACUUUAUGAAUUUUAGAAAUAGUUUUUGACCAACUACAGAAUUCAUGUUAGAGAAAACCCAGGACCAGAGAACAUGCAUAUAAUGAUCUUUAUUGGCAUUAUCAAACACAACAGUGACAAAGUGAUCUUUUCUUUCAACUCUAAGUCUCAUAUUUUGUGAUUAAUGCCCUGGGAUUAAAAAUAUAUAGAGGUAAUUGUUGUUUUUCAUAAAUGCCAUAAAUGCACAAAUUAAAAUGUCGUAAAUGCACAUUUUGCACAUGUAAUUAAAUAUUUCAUAACCAAAACGACAGUGUAGCUGAGACAUUUAAAGAGGUGGGUUUC